GAACACCCUUACAAACCCAAAAUUCUAUUUUCCAUUUCUCGCUUUCGCUCUACCCUUUUCCCUAUUCUACUAAUCAAUGAAGGAAGCCGAAGAACAGGCAACAACUACCGUUGCAAUGGUGGGUCACGACCCGUAAGGUGAACCACACCACUACUAAGUCAAAGAGAUACAUGGAUAUAAGCUGUUGAUGCAUUGGAUUCUAUUCAUACAAAUAGAAACACAUCAGUUUUGGUUUAGAUUUUAUUACUGGUUUCAAGGUUUGAUUAAGAGAGAAGAACGAUCGUGAAAGAAAUCCAAUCAGAUGGUAGAGGAGGCUCCUCAAAAGUUGUACAAUACAAGUGGUGGAUACUGAUAGUAUUUUUCACCAUGUUUGUACUCUCCGGUCAGUCAGUCGCAACAAUGUUAGGAAGACUUUACUUCAUCAAAGGUGGCAACAGUAAAUGGAUGGCAACACUAGUUCAAACAGCUGGAUUCCCAAUUAUGUACCCCUUCAUCUUCCUGUUCUCACCUUCAAAAACACCACAAUACCAUCAACAAAUCGUCAAAAGACCUUCGUUGACUACUCUUGUGAUACUCUAUACAACUCUUGGAAUAUUCAUGGCUGCAGACUGCAUGUUGUUUACCUUUGGACUCAAUUUUUUGCCCGUUUCCACGUUCUCUUUGAUCUCUGCGAGUACUCUCGCUUUCAACGCCUUCUUUUCAUAUUUUCUUAAUGGCCAGAAGUUCACUCCUUUCAUCACUAAUUCACUUGUUCUGCUCACUUUUUCGUCUACGCUACUUGUGUUUCAGAGCGAUUCUGAAGAGACUGGGAAAAUAUCGAGAAGCAAGUAUAUCAUUGGUUUUGUUUGCACAGUCGCUGGUUCUGCAGGGUGGGGUUUAAUGCUUUCAAUAACACAACUUGCGUUUCAAAAGAUUUUGAAAUCAACAAGUUACAAGGUGGUAUUCGAUAUGACCGUGUACCAAAAUAUGAUAGCAAGUAUUGGAAUUCUAAUGGGACUAUUUGCUAGUGGUGAAUGGAAAGAUAUAAAAGGGGAAAUGAGGGGUUUUGAGUCUGGACAGGCUUCGUAUAUAAUGAAUCUUGUAGGAACAGCUGUCGCGUGGCAAGUUUUCACGGUUGGUUAUGUGGGUUUGAUCUUUGAGGUUUCAUCUCUUUUCUCAAAUGUUAUUGGUACUUUAGGUAUCCCAAUUGUGCCCGUUUUGGCAGUAUGGUUUUUUGAUGAAAAGAUGAAUGGAGUGAAGGUGAUUUCCAUGUUGUUAGCAAUAUGGGGGUUUGUCUCUUUUAUCUAUCAACAUUAUCUUGAUGACUUGAAGGAAAAAACAAAUGCUAGACUUAUAAAUCUUGAUCAUGAAGUUAAUCUUACGGGAACAAGUAGUAUUAGUCAAUAAACAUAGGACUUUGUAUUACUUUAAAAAACCUUUGUAUUACUAGAAUUGCCAUAAUAUGAGACAACCUUAGCUAGUGUAGUAUGUAUAAAAAAAGAUGUAAGUCGAUUUUUGUUUUGUAAGAAAUGAAUAUACAAGAACUUGGCUUGUAAAGUAUGUAUACAAAAAUAUGCAAGUCAAAUUUUGUUUUGCAAGAAAUGAAUAUAUGAGACCUUACUGUGUGUA